AUGAAAUGGUCUUUUCGGCUUAACGACGUUCUUUCUGUUCCCCCUAAAUUCGAGCCGGCCUCGCCGUUAACUUCCUUCGAUUUAAAGCAACCGAAUAGAUAUCGGAUGCACAUGACCGACACACCUGAUCUCCUGGAGUACAUAGAGAAAUCGAAGUUCAAAGAUUCUAUUCCGUCGCCCACCGAAAAUCUUUCCUUUGACUUGAGCAGAUUUUCCUUGAACCAUUUGUCAAGCAGGUCAUAUGGUCAAGGACACGUGAUGAGAUCACCGAUUUCCAAUCACAAGGAAAUCGAGAUGGGUUUUGGCAAGGGUGUUCGUAAGCAUCCCUAUCCCGUUCGUGCCCCUUCGAUAAGCUUGCCGGGAAUAUUCAAGGUCGACACUGUCUUGAAAGAUCCGACGACCGCCUCCUUACGCGGUAACAAUGAUGAAAUCAAAUUAUCCUCGCCCGUCAAUGCCAGCAACACACCGUCCCCAUCCGAAUCGCCGUUCACCUCCGAAUGCCGUUCGUCCACAGACGACGAGGCGACAUCGCGUCGAUUGUUGCACAGGAAGCAACAACGUUCUAAGCAGGCGGUGACCACCAAGCGAACGGGCACGUCCGCCGCUCAACGAAAACGAAAGGGGAACAGCCUGGCAAGAGUGAUGACAGAUCGUGGACUUCUGGAGUCCAUCUUUAACUCCAACAUCACCUCGAAUGAUAUCAAAUCGGUUCGCAUACCACCACCGCCUCCCAUGCAAUUUGAUGAAUUGAUUUCCAACAUCAGGGCGCUUAGCCUGAACACCGAGGUCCUAGACGAGAUGGCGCCGGAGAUCACUUGGAAAGGUCAACCGUUGUCCAUUGCACAUCUGCCACAUUACGAUGCACUGCAUCCUACGGAGGCUCACGUCGUGUCAGUCUUACGUCUCACCCCGGUACAAUAUUUGACCGGAAAGUACACCCUCGUCUCGGCGGCCCAAAGAUACGUUCACCGGGCUCUUCCAUUCAAAAAAAGCGACGCGCAAAAGUUGCUGCGCAUUGAUGUCAACAAAGCCAGUAAACUCUGGGAGUUUUUCCGUCAAGUCCGCUGGAUCUGA